CCGAGCAUUGCGAGAAGCACGAGCUAUCAGAGAGAAAAGUACCACGAGGCUCCUCAACCGAACGCGCCUUGCAGAAAUAAUAAAAUAAACAAACAAACAAACGAAAAAGUGAUCGAGAAGAGGAAAAAGGAACGAGACUCGAGAGGACGUAUAUAUAUAUUUCUGGAAGUGCAUAAAUCAGCCAUGAAUAAUUCGAGGCUUUUCAUAUCGCUAUUCCUAAUCUUAGGCGUAUGCGCGAUCGUCUAUGGUUUGCCGUCUGAUUACAAACCGCGAAAAGAUUCUUCGGCCGCGACGAAAGAUACCUGCGCACUACCGAUGGAAAGGGGAUACUGCAGAGCCAGUAUAUCCAGAUGGGGAUACGACCCCCAGAAGAAAACAUGCGUGAAAUUUUACUACGGCGGUUGUUACGGGAACUCCAACAAUUUCCGUACCAAAGAGGAGUGCAUCAAAUCGUGCGGAGGAAUUUGAACACCGAGAACUGAGGCGAACGAACUCCCGAUUCCCGCCAAAAGAUCAUGAAAGCGCCUGUAAAUAUCGCACCAAUCAUCUCUAAUCCCCGUCACGAAGAGGAGAGUAACCAAACUGGACGAUCAUUUUUAAUCAAGAAAUUCAAACCGUCGAGUGUUAUGAUUAUACGUAUCAUAUGUAUUUUGAGGAAGAUGUAGUAAAAUAAUUUAUUGAGUCCAAAAUAAAAAAAAAAAGAUUGAAAAUAGAA